AUGCCGAAAGUGCGGCGUAUCAAUGAUUCCGUACAUUGGUUUAUGAACGAACUAACAGCUCGUAUCGUUGCAAAGUCAGGCAACCCACAUGACAGGUUCCAUCUUGGUAAAAUAUUGAUGCAGAGCUUCGAAGAUGACCCUGAUUUUGUCAACCAGAUCGAUGGGGCAACAGGAGAAACUAUGACCAAUGGAGAGACAUUAAAGAAAUCUGUACAAUGCGCUAUCUCUUUCACACAUUUAGGUUUAAAAAUAGGAGAUGUCAUUAUGCUCAUGUCUCCUAACCAUUCAGACUUGGCUAUACCUGUGUAUGCUGCUUUAUAUCUUGGAAUUAUCAUCGCUGCUGUGGAUAGAACGUUAGGAGUUAACGAAUUGAAGGGGACAAUUGGCGUCGACAAACCAAAAGUAAUAUUCUGUCAAAGCGAGAAAGCUCCGGAGAUUCAAGUUGUACUCAACGAAUUGGAAUUGAACACGAAAAUUAUAACAUUCGAUAAGGGAGAUUAUCUGUGCAAUUUUUACGAAUUUCUGAACGAAUAUGGCGAUUGUAAUGCACAUCAGCUUUUCAAACCAAAUGAUUUUGAUCCAGAGGAGACUAUAGCACUUCUAGUUGCCACAAGUGGUACAACGGGUCUCCCUAAAGCAGCUGCAGUCACACACAAAAACUUAGCAAUUACAGCCCCGUACCUUUGGUCUAGAUUCGACAAAUUCCCUGCGCCUACUCGUAUGGCUCUAAUCGGCGCACCACUUCAAUGGUUAACUGCUAUAGUCAAUUUCCUGACAUCCCCGAUCUUAAAGUACAUACGUCUUCAAACAUCUUUUCCAUUGACAGAAGCACACGCAACGUAUCUCAUUAAUAAAUAUCGGCCAACCUUCACUAUACUCUCACCAACAUUCAUGUCAACAUUGUUGAAGUUUGAAGGCAAAGAACAGUGUGACAUGUCUUGUUUUGAACUGAUAUUGCUUGGUGGUAGCGCAGUGCCUACAAAUCUCUUGGACGAAAUAAAGCAAAUAUCACCAGACGUCGAGGUGUAUGAUAUUUAUGGCAUGAGUGAAUUGACCAACAUCGCAUUUCAACCCGACAAUCCGCCGUUGGGUUCGUCUGGCAAGCCAAUAGGUUGUUUUAAUUAUCGAUUGGUAAAUGUAGAAACAGAAGAAGACAUAUUAGAACCGAAUGUAUCUGGAGAGUUAUGGAUCAAGGGACCAGGUAUAUUCAAAGAGUAUUACAAUAAUCCAGAAGCCACAGCUGAAGUAUUCGCCGAUGGUCGCUGGUUCAAAACUGGCGACAUGUUUUACAGAGAUGAGAACUGGAAUUUCUUCUUUGUGGAGCGCAUAAAAUUAUUAUUGAAAUAUAAAAGUUAUCAAAUAUCCCCAGUGGAAGUUGAAGCUGUAAUUCGUGAGCAUCCUGGAGUACUGGAUGUGGCAGUGACCGGAAUACCGGACGCUGACUGUGGCGAUUUGCUUGUCGCCUUCGUGGUACCUAGAACAGGACAUCAGCUUACCAGUCAGGAGAUUAAAGAUUUGGUCAGAGCUUCGCUAUCAGAUGCUAAGCAAUUGAGAGGAGGCGUGAUAUUUUUAAAUAAAAUACCAUUGACGGCUUCUACGAAGGUACACCGGCAGAAACUAAAAGAAAUUGCUCUCGCUAUGCAGAAAAAAUAGAAACUGUGUAUAUCACAUAAGUAUAACCUUAGUUUUGUGACAUACGAGUAGUAACAAGAAAUAGCCUUAGCUCUAUACAGUUUAAGAAAGAAAAA